GAAACGUGUAUUUAUACGAAUCUCAGAUAAGCACUCUGCGCUACACAUAGACAGAGAGGAAAAAAAAAAAUGGAGGCACCAAAGGGUGGAGUGUUCUUCUCGGCGAGAGAGCUACACAAUCUGAUCCCUUUCCACCUCACCUUACGCGCCGCCAUCGAGCUCAACGUCUUCGACAUCAUCGCCGGAGCUCCCCUCACCGCCGCCGAGAUCGCCGCCCAGAUCCCCACCGGGAACCCUAACGCCUCCGCCUCCCUCGACCGCAUACUCCGCACCCUCGCCGCCUACGGUAUCCUCACCGUCUCCUUCUCCUCCUCCUCCCCCCCUGCAUAUGGCCUGGCGGACGAGUUCCAGUGCCUGGUCUCGUCGGAGAAAUCGUCGUCGGUGAUAUCGAGGGCCGCGAACGUCCUCGGCCACGCGCUCAGCCCGGGGUUCGACAGCUUCUGCGAGAUGAAGCACGCGGUUCUUGAGGAGAACACGGUGCCGUUCGUGAGAGCUUUCGGCGUGACGCCUUACGAGUACUUCUCGGAACGGCCUGAGCUCACGAAGAAUUUCAACGAGUCCAUGGCUAACAACUCCAAGUUCUACAUCGCCGUCGUCCUGAAAACUUACCGGGGAUUUGACGGCGUUACGGAACUGCUGGAUGUCGGAGGAGGUAACGGAACUCUGGUCGGAGAAGUAAUCAAGGCUUACCCCAAUAUUCGUGGGCUCAACUUCGAUCUGCCCUUCAUCAUCGAUUCCGCACCAGCGAUCCCUGGAGUCGAGCACAUUGCUGGAGAUAUGUUCGAGAGCAUACCCAACGCGGAAACUCUGAUGAUGAAGGUAUAACCAGACCAAGAUUUUAACUGGACCCUGUUUUUUUUUUUUU